GGCAAACAUCCUAGUAAUUCACGCAACCCAAGCGCCGCCCUGGAACCAGGAAACUCCGCCGUGUUGACCGACCAACUGAGUGCGACGUCGUUUCAGCGGUCCGCCAUCUUCAACAACCGCGCGCUCUGCCAGCCACCACCCAACAAAAAUUAACUUCCAGCUUGCUUUCAUUCACGCUCCAGCUCACUUCUGCACAAGACGCGUGUGCCACACUUCCUCACCGCAUUCCUGGCGUUUUCCAACGUUCCCCGCCCCUGCUUGCUGCCACUGAGAUAGAUAGACGUUGUUGAGAAUCAAAUUCGCCCUGUCCCAUAGAUCUCUCCUCUCAACCCUAAAUCUCUUCGCCCCCACAAUCCCCAAUUAUACAUCUUUUGGGGUUUUGGGUUGAUCGACCCCGACUGUAAUUUGACCAAUUACGGGGGUUUUUUUUUUGAAGCGAAUUAGCUAGCUCCAUCUGCCGCCGUCAUCAUCCGUCGUUGGUGGAACUUGGGAAUCAAGAAAAGAACCCAACGCUCACUCUGUUUCCUUGGGGGCGAAAGUUGGGGAAAUGAUCUGGUGAAAUCUGGUGCGGAGAAAUCGAGUGUGGAAGCUUUUCCCCCCACCAAAAAGGGAGAAUAUUUAGGGCCUAGCUGGGGGUAAUUCACAUUGUAGUAGAGAAGGGUUUUCUGUAUCUUUGUUGAACUUUCAAGUUCUUUGGAGGGUUUUUGGGAUGGAAGGUAAGAAUCCGGUGAGGUUUACUCUCCUAAAGCAGUCGUCUUUAGCGCCGGAAGGGGAAAGGGAUGGCUCCGGUACGUUCGAGGAAGCUCUGGAGGGCAUUGAUCCAGGUGUUCGAUUAAUGUACGCAGCGAAUGAAGGCAAUCUUGAUGGUAUCCAGGAGGUAUUGGAUUCGGGCGUUGAUGUCAAUUUCAGGGACAUUGAUGACCGGACGGCGCUUCACAUUGCAUCCUGCCAAGGUUUGACUGACGUCGCUGCGUUCUUGCUGGACAAAGGGGCCACAGUUGACCCCAAAGAUAGAUGGGGGAGCACGCCCCUUGCAGAUGCAAUAUAUUACAAAAACAAUGACGUGAUUAAGCUCUUGGAGAAGCGCGGUGCCAAGCCUCUGAUGGCCCCAAUGCAUGUCAACCAUGCUCGUGAAGUCCCGGAGUAUGAGAUCAAUUCCACUGAGCUUGAUCUCACUAACAGUGUGCAGAUAACUAAGGGAACUUAUUGCAUAGCAUCAUGGCGUGGGAUAGAAGUUGCUGUUAAAAUGCUCGGGGAGGAAGUCCUUUCAGAUGAGGAUAAAGUAAGAGCAUUCAGAGAUGAGCUAGAUUUGCUUCAGAAGAUAAGACACCCGAAUGUGGUUCAAUUUCUGGGUGCUGUUACUCAAAGUAGCCCGAUGAUGAUUGUGACAGAAUACUUACCAAAGGGAGAUCUUCGCGAGUACCUUAAACGAAAAGGCCCACUAAGACCAGCAAACGCUGUGAGAUUUGCUCUUGAUAUUGCAAGGGGUAUGAAUUAUCUACACGAGACCAGGCCAGAACCGAUAAUUCACCUGGACCUUGAGCCUUCAAAUAUAUUGCGGGAUGACUCAGGACAUCUCAAAGUUGCAGACUUUGGUGUUAGCAAGUUGCUCACGGUGAAAGAAAAGAAGCCUCUAACUUGCCAGGAUACUUCUUGUCGUUAUAUGGCCCCAGAGGUUUUCAGAAAUGAAGAAUAUGAUACCAAAGUGGAUGUCUUUUCCUUUGCAUUAAUACUACAAGAGAUGAUUGAAGGCUAUCCACCAUUUUAUAACAAGGAAGAUCCUGAUGUUCUUAAAGCAUAUGCUGGAACUGAGCGUCCUCCUUUUAAGGCUCCGCCAAAGUAUUAUCCGCAUGGGAUUAAAGAAUUGAUUGAGGAGUGCUGGCAUGAAAAUCCAGCCAAACGACCAACCUUCAGGGAAAUACUGACAAGACUGGAGUCUAUUUACAACAGAAUUGGUUACAAGAGGGGUUGGAAGAUAUGGGGUUGUUGCUGAUAGCUCUCUACUUGCAAAAGGUCAGCAACUGAUGCUGAUGAUCUAACUACAGUGAUUAGCCUGGUGUUCCUGGAGAUCAGCCUUUCCCUAUUCCUGUUAUUUUUGCUGCAGGGUGGGAGGGAAAAGAUAGAAACACCAGAGAGAGCUCCUAUAACUUUCGAUGGGGGAAAGUGACAAUUCAUCAUGUUAUGGAUUUCACAUGAGACUGACUGACAACCCCACUCACCAUACUGGUGCUGUAAUUCUGCUGUUGUUUGCCAAUGAAAUUGUGAAGAAUGCAGAUGUGAAUAGAUUUAGCAAUUACAGUGAUGUGGGUUAGACAUGGCUGUUGAUGAUGAUGAGUGUUCUUCCUUUUUCUUUUCUUCAUCUUUUGUCCAGUUCUCAAAGAAGAUGGUGACUAGUCCCAGUUCCAUUUAGUGGGGGCAAUAGUUUGAAGAACUGUGCUAGGAUUUGAUUAAUUCUUAACAUUCUACUGAGUGGAU